CCCAGCCGUUCCUUCCAAUCCACCAUACGCUCUCAAAGAGUUCUCCACUGUAUCUACCACCCUGACCCUCACAUAAUCCACCGAGAUCAUUCUGAGGCGACUUGAGGGUUGAAAACCUCGACUUACUCACCCUUGAGCGAUAAUAUAUACCUUGCGAUACAACGUAACUUCAGCAAUCCAUAACCCCAUCACCACCAAAGAACUAGACUACUAGACAUCUUUUUAUCUGCAUAACUUGGCAGAUCGGAGGCAGGGAUGCCUCAAACAGCUAGCAACGCGUACCACAAUUUUCCGUCGUUCAACAUCAGCAAGGCUCAAGACUCUGCAUCGCAGCGUUUACAGAACGAGCAUUUUUCCGACGACGAACUUGACAUAUUCAAUAGUAGUGGAAACAUGGCUGGAACUGGUUCUCCACCGCCCUUUAUCAAAGACGAGCCAGACGAGCAACAAUACAACCCCCACAGGUUCAUGUCAAACCAGCAAGGCUUCUCGAUUCCGCAGCACAACCAGGGGCAACAAUUUGGGCACCAGUUUAUGGGCGCUCAGGGAGGCAAUGCUGGUAGCAUUGAUCCGUCUGAACUUACAAUGCCUGGAAAUCACUUGAACGUGCAAGGUGGUGGUUUCUCUCAAUUUCCCUUUGGGUCUCAAACGAACAUGUCGUCAAGCUUUAACCUAGGCAAUUCUGGAAUCGCCGAUGAAGAGCUUCUGGAUCUAGGAAAUCUUGACAGUCCACAGACCAACAACACCGGCUUUCACGACAACCAGCCUGGCUUCUCUGGACAUGAUGACAAUCGAUCAUCGAGUGGUGCUCAAAAUAUCUUUGGCCGUGGACAGGAUGGCAUGUCGAUGGGCCACCAAGGCCAAAUGAACCAGGUCUUUUCUGAAACGCCUGAUGGUGCACCCAUCCAAAGCCCCUUCAUUCAUGGUUUCAACUAUGACCAGUUCCGGAAUAUGCAUUUCCAACCACAGAACUUUGUACAGCCGAUGCAAACGCCAUCAUCCUACAAUGCCUCACCUCACACCCACCCCAAUAUUGAAGAGCUGCGCGGUGAGAUGUUCGAAGGCGGCUAUAUGCCGGCUAAGCCCCAGCCAAGACCCUUUCACGGCCUUGAGCGCAAGGGAUCCGACUCGAGGAGCCCCAUGACGCCAAAGACACCUGCGUUGGGAGCUCUAAAUUUGGGUACUCCGGAAUCUGGAAGUUUCCCUUCCCAUUCGCUGAUAAACUCUCAUCUUGCACAUCGGCACAAGAACAGCCUCUCCACACAGUGGGACGCAAUCGGAAGCGCGCCAUCGUAUGUUGACUCGCCCCUGUCGUCAUCACCCCCCAUGGUUCCCCAUCAUGCUCAGAUAUCUGAUGUACUCAGGAGUGGCGAACGUGUGCACCACUCUCUCCCCACAAAGGUGGAGAAUGGGCCGAUUCCCGGAUUCCAAACCCAGGAAGCGAAACGCCGAAGGAGACGGGAGUCCCAUAAUAUGGUGGAACGACGUCGUCGUGACAACAUCAAUGAACGCAUUCAAGAGCUUUCGCACCUUGUGCCUCAGCAUCGCCUCGAAGAUGAAAAGGUGCGCAAGCACCUAAUCAACAAUUCACCACUCUCGCCUCCAGUCGGUGCUACAGGCAUAUCGCCUCCGAAUGCCACGUCACUUCUUGCGGGAGGUAACGGCAAGAGAGCGGCCGGUAGCAUCAGCCAGGGCAUUCCGCUCGAGGAAAAGGACAAGGGGCCUAACAAAGGUGACAUUUUGAACGGAGCGGUCAGCUGGACUCGUGAUUUGAUGUGGGCAAUGUAUGUCAAGCUCCAACAAGAAGGGGAAUUGCUUGACUACAUAUCCUCCCUUGGCGGCUCUUACCCCUUUGAGCCUACGGAGGAGGAAAAGCGGAUGCGUACUGAACUCAUCGAUGCUGUCGAGAAGAACGAUCCUCGUAGCUUCUCUUACUCGCGUGGACCUGGGAGUGGGCUUCGCGUUCCAAAGCAUACCAAUAUCGCUGGGGACGCCAUAAACGCAAGCGCAUUAUCGCCGCAGAGCCUCAGCCCUGCUAAUCAGAGCGGUGGCAGUGGUACCAACAGCGCCGGCCAGGGGCAAGGGCAACAACAGCAACACCAGCAACCGCAGCAACAGUUCUGGAAUGGCCAGGAAGCAAACAACAGCCAUGGUUCUCUGAACUUCAAGGAAGAGGAUGAAUAUGGGAUGGAAAUGUGCUGAGCGCAGUUUCCUGCCAUGUUAUAUCGUCUUUUCCUCUACUUUCGUUGCGUGCGAAAGCUUUAUUACCUUCGGGGCCAUUUCCGGCGGGGCAGUAUAGGUCUUUUCUUUUCAACCUUGUCUCAUUUUUCAUAUAACCUUUCUUUGGUUUUUAUGAUGGCAGUUUUUACCUCCCCUCAUUUUGGCUUCAACGUCAGCUUCAUUUCGUGUUUCUGAUAUUUUGUUCUUAAUCUUGUUUGACGAACGAUUGCAUCAUAUAAUUAUUUCCUUUUUGGGGCACGAGACGAUUCUUGCAUGUUAUGGUAGUUUGGUGUCGUUUUGGCGCUGUUUUACUUGGGAUUCCACUGGAGGGAAUUUCAGAUUGCAUCUAUGGUCCCAGUUGUUGGCUGGAGGUUGAACUAGUCGGUUUUUGAAUAUUUGUCUUUUAUGCUUUUAUUGUCUUGAUUCAGCUAGCCAGAUACCUUAUAUUGCAGUCAAUUUAUCACUUUUUUAAAUCAUAAAA